AUGGACCGGAAUGAGCUCUCGCCCGGUUCGGAUGUUGCCACGGCGAGGAAAGCGGCCCAUAAGAGCGCGCCCGCGUACCACUGCACCGGGAACAGCACCGCCAAGAGUUGCCUGGAGUCGGAUGCUGCCGGGUCGAACCUGAAACCCAAUCACGUCGCCAUGGAGGAGACGGACGACGCGGAGAAGGAAUCCAAGUUUCAGCAUCCGCGGCUGAGAAGAGCAGGAGGAGGGAGCAGCAUCCAGAUUAAGAGCUGCGCACCGGGAGGAGGAGGAGGAGGCGCGUCCAGGAGCUCCACUUCCACUGACGCGCGCCCGGGUGAUGUUGAUGCUGCUGCUGCUGCUGCGGGUCGCCACGACACCGUUAAGGGCGGAGGAGGAGGAGGCAAAGCGUCUACCGUAGUGGCCACCGUGACGGUAGAGGCUUGUAAUGCUGCCGAGGGUGACGGCAAUCCUUCAGCACCGCUUUCCAGCAUGAAAUGCAACAAGAACGGGGAGUGCAGGCGGGACUCCGGCACCGGGAGCCUCCGGUCCAUCAUGUCCAAGCCGGACGGGAGCAAGCGGGCAGCGUGCAAUUCAAUGACCAGCGUGGACGCGGCCAGCAUGCAGGGGCAAGACGCCUCGAACCCCGGGGUCCCGGAGAAGAAGGAUUCCAAAGUGUCCUUUUCCAACGCCUCCAGUAGGAAAGCCUCGUCCUCCAUCCACGGCGGGCAGCAGCCCCGGAACUCGGUGACCUUCCUCAAAUCCGAGGAUGGAGCUCAGGAGGACGGCGAGACCCGGGGCAGCCAGGCGAGCUUCAUGCAGCGGCAGUUCAGCAACAUGUUGCAGCCCGGGGUCAAUAAAUUCUCCCUGCGCAUGUACGGGAGCCAGAAGGCGGUGGAGAAGGAGCAGGAGCGCGUGAAAUCGGCGGGCAACUGGAUCAUUCACCCCUACAGCGACUUCAGGUUCUACUGGGAUUUCACCAUGCUUCUCUUCAUGGUGGGCAACCUGAUCAUUAUUCCCGUCGGCAUCACCUUCUUCAAAGACGAGACGACCACGCCGUGGAUCCUCUUCAACGUGUUCUCCGACACCUUCUUCCUCAUGGACCUGGUGCUCAACUUCCGCACGGGCAUCAUUAUCGAGGACAAUUCCGACAUCAUCCUGGACCCCAAGACCAUCAAGAAGAAGUACCUGAAGACCUGGUUUAUUGUGGACUUUGUCUCGUCCAUUCCGGUGGAUUAUAUCUUCCUGAUCGUGGAGAAGGGCAUAGACUCGGAGGUGUAUAAGACGGCGCGAGCCCUGAGGAUUGUGCGUUUCACUAAAAUCCUGAGCUUGCUGAGGCUGCUGCGUCUCUCCCGGCUUAUCCGCUACAUUCACCAGUGGGAAGAGAUCUUCCAUAUGACGUAUGACAUGGCGAGCGCAGUGAUGCGGAUUUUUAACCUGAUAGCGAUGAUGCUGUUGCUGUGCCACUGGGACGGGUGCCUGCAGUUUCUGGUGCCCAUGCUGCAAGACUUCCCCUCCGACUGCUGGGUCUCCCUCAACAAGAUGGUGAACGACACGUGGAGUGAGCUGUACUCGUUUGCCGUGUUUAAAGCCAUGAGUCACAUGUUGUGCAUAGGUUACGGUCGUCAAGCUCCGGAGAGUCUCUCUGAUAUCUGGUUGACGAUGCUCAGCAUGAUCGUCGGUGCCACCUGCUACGCCGUCUUCAUCGGACAUGCCACGGCCCUCAUCCAAUCACUGGACUCCUCACGACGCCAGUACCAGGAGAAGUACAAACAAGUGGAGCAGUACAUGUCCUUCCACAAACUUCCAGCAGAUUUCCGACAGAAAAUCCACGAUUACUAUGAGCACCGUUACCAGGGUAAGAUGUUUGAUGAAGAAAGCAUCCUAGAGGAGCUGAACGAGCCGCUCAGAGAGGAAAUUGUGAACUUCAACUGCCGUAAGCUGGUGGCCUCCAUGCCCCUGUUCGCCAACGCCGAACCCAACUUUGUGACAGCCAUGCUGACGAAGCUCCGUUUCGAGGUCUUCCAACCAGGCGAUUACAUCGUCCGUGAGGGAACCAUCGGCAAGAAGAUGUACUUCAUCCAACACGGCGUGGUGAACGUGAUUACCAAAGGAACGGUUGGCAUGAAACUUUCCGACGGCUCCUACUUCGGAGAGAUCUGUCUGCUGACGCGAGGCCGUCGGACGGCGAGUGUGCGAGCGGAGACCUACUGUCGCCUGUAUUCGCUCUCCGUGGACAAUUUUAAUGAGGUUUUGGAGGAGUAUCCCAUGAUGAGGAGGGCCUUUGAGACCGUGGCCAUUGACCGACUGGACCGCUUGGGAAAAAAGAAUUCUAUCCUAAUGAACAAAGUGCAGCACGACUUAAACUCCGGCAUCUUAAACAACCACGAGAACGAGAUGAUCCAAGAGAUCGUGAAGUACGACCGCGAGAUGGUGAAGCUGAUUGACCUGCAGCGCCCGCGCUCCAUGUCCAUGACGCCCUCCAUCCCUGGCGGGUUCUUUGCUCCGCCUGGCCAGCCUCAGGGCGGCAGCUCUGCCAUCGCUUCUCUACAGCAGGCGGUGGCGAUGAGCUUCUGUCCCCAAUUCGGUCCGAUGGUGGGUCCCAGCACCAUGCAGUCACCUCGGAUGGUCCGACGGUUCCAGGUAGUGCAAAACCUUGCUAGCCCGGUGACUGUUUCUCCACAGCAGUCUCAGUCGGCGCUUGCCGCGCUCGCUGGUGUCACUAUAGCUAGUCCGCUUGGCGCUCCACCCGUCGCACCCAGUCCACCACCGUCGACCCGCGUCUCCUCGACAUCGAUCGGCCCACCUCAAGCACCCCAUCCUGCCAUCCCGGGGCCUUCCGGGGUCCGGAGCGCAGUGACUCAGAGAAUGGCGCUCCCCCACCAAGCGUCCGCGGUUGGGAAUUAUCCGUCCAUGCCACCCCCUACAGGCACUCCGCCCCGCCCGCCGUAG